AUGCUGUUGGUUGUUGCCGCGGUCCUGCCUUCCAUUUCUGGAUUCACCAUCAAUCUGUGUACCAUACGAGCCAACACUGGCCACUCUCACCCGCCGUCUUGCGAGAACACCAAGAUGCGCCCCGAAUUUGGAUUUUCCGUUCUCACGGCGGCCCUGGCUUCGGCUGCCUCCAUUCCCGUCUCCGCCACUGCUGGCAAGCGGCAGGACACCACUUCCAAGGUGCUCGUCGGUGCCCCGGGCCAGAUUCUUCUCGCCAGCUUCGACGGCUCUAGUUUCGAUAUCGUCGCCGAGAGCUCCAUCGAGGGCACCACUGCGAGCUGGAUGGCCUUCAAGGAGCCCGACCUACUAUAUGCCGUCGACGAGAACAGCAACCAGCUUCGUCUUUUCAAGGCAUGUUCGGGCCUUGACCCUUCUACCAACGAGCUCUCUUCCGAACCUGAAAUCGUCGAGGGGUCCACCGGCGUUGUUCACCUCGAGUUCAACGCCGACAAGACGCGACUCGUCGGCAGCUCCUAUUCCGAGGGCCAGAUUGAUAUCUGGGACAUCUCCGAGGGCACCCCCAAGUUGAUCAAGAACAUCAAGUCCGAAGAGGAACUCGGCCCCCACGAGCUCCGCCCUCGACCCUUCGGGCCGCUACUUCGCCGUCGUCGACCUCGGCACCGACUCAUCCUCCUCGUCGACUCCGCCGACGACGCCUGGGAGCUCGUCAACGUCGCCCGCGUUCCCACCCCGGGCUGCGGGCCCCGCCACGGCGCCUUCCUCCCGUCCAGCGAGGACCCAACCAAGGCCAGCCACUACGUCGUGGUCUGCGAACUCGCCAACACGGUCGAGGUCUUCGCCGUCACCUACGACGACGCGGAGGCGGGGACGGGGACGGGGACGGGGAUCGACUUCCGCCCCUCCCAGCCCGCCCUCAGCACCUUUGGCCGCCGCCCGACCAACUCCAGCAGCUCCGCGGCGGGCGCCAUCGAGACGAGUGCGGACGGCCGCCACAUUUACGUCUCCAACCGGAUCACGGGCGGCGCCACCGAUUCCAUCGCCCACUUCCGCGCCGCCCCUGCCUCGGCCUGCUUCGGGGGGUUGAAGGUCGAGUUUGUCGGUUUGGUGCCCUCUGCGGGCGUGAACCCCCGCAUGUUCAGCCUCGCCGCUGACGAGGAUCUGCUCUUCACCUCCAACAUCGCUGCCGGUUUCGGGCUGUUGGCGCUGUCCCGUGACCCGUCUGAUGGUACGCUGGCGGAGACGCCCGUUGCGAGUGUCGAUGUUGAGACGUUUGGACCCGAGGGCUUUGGACCGCAGUUUGUCCUGCAGAUUGCUUAG